CUUUGCUCCUCUGUGUCUCUCUGUCUCUGCAGGGUCUCUCCCCACACCCCCAUCUGGCCCGCUGCCCUCGGAGCUCCCUGCCCUCACGCCCCAGGGCUGGCACGUAUGGUCGCCUAGUCUGUGCCCCACACGGUGGCCGGGUGGCGGGGGCUUGUGCCCCUGGAAGGGCGGGACUUGAACCCAGGGCCAGCUGGCUCUCCCUCUUUCCUCCUCUGCCCUUAGAGGGGGCACUCAGCAGGCUGACACCCAGGAGGGGGGGGUGUCUCCUCAGGGUCCUGCACUGAAAGGGGUGACCCCCCCCCCACCGUGCCCGGCCCUCUGGGCAGGAUGGACCCGGCCCCCGCUGUCCUGCAGCCCUGGAGAAGGAAGCGCGGACUCCGGGCAAGAGGGAAAGGACGAGCGCGGGGCACGUCUGAGGGCAGAGAUUCUGCCCUCCCCCGACAGAUGAACAGCGGCCGGCGCACUGAGGGAGCGACCUCUGGGUUCCCGGCGGCCCCGGGUUCCCUGGAGUCCGUGACAUUCCAAGAUGUGACUGUAGACUUUACCCAGAGGGAAUGGAGGCAGCUGACCCAUGCCCAGAAGAUCCUGUACCGGGAGGUCAUGCUGGAGAAUUAUGAGAACUUUGUCUCCUUGGGGUUUCCAGUUUCCAAACCAGAGCUGAUCUCCCAGCUGGAGUGUGGGGAAGGCCCUUGGAUGCUGUUGGAGGAAGAGCCAAAAAGCCCCUAUGCAGAUUGGAAGAUUCAGUCAGAGACCAAGAAGACAGUCUCUAUACAGUGCAUUUCCCUGGAAGACACAUCCCAGGAAGGACUCACAAAGGGUGGUCCCUGGGACUGUAAAUCUGUGAAAGUUGAAAAUUGUAAAAACAACUCUGCCAAGCGUAAAGCUAAUAACCAGGCAAGGGAUCUGAUUCAAGGAACUCAGGAUAAAAAUUUUAAUAAGGCCAGAGGCCAUAAAGGUAAUCAGUUUGUGAAAAGUUUUGAUCAGAAGUCAAUUCUUGAUACACAAAGCAGCGUUUCUUUAGAAAAAAGUCCUUACAAAUAUGAUACAUGUAGAAAUAACUUCAUACUUUCUUCAGACAUGAGUGAUCACAAUGGAAUCUCCCCAGGAAAGAAAUCCUGUAAGGAAAAUGGCUGCAGUAAAGCCUUCAGUGACCCCUCAGGCUUUAACGGCGAUCAAAGAAUAGCUACUAAAGAGAAUUCCUCCUAUACAGGUACUGAAUUUGGCAGUGUUUUCCACCAGAGGCGACACCUUACUCAAUGUCACAGAAGUCAUUCUUCUGGGAAACCAUAUAUCUGUAGAGAUUGUGGAAAAGCCUUCAGCCAGAUCACACCCCUUAUUCAGCAUCAGGAAAUUCAUGAUGGGGAGAGACCCUAUAAAUGUAGUGACUGUGGAAAAGCCUUCACCAAUAGUUCAUCACUUAUUCUACAUCACAUAAUUCACAGUGGAGAGAAACCCUAUGAAUGUCAUGAAUGUAGGAAGCUCUUCAGCAAUCGAACGGGACUAUUUGUACAUCUGAGAAUUCAUACUGGAGAGAAACCCUUUCAGUGUAACAUAUGUAAAAAAGCCUUCAGCCAGAAAGGAGACCUGUCCCGACACCAGAAAGUUCAUACAGGAGAGAAACCUUACAAGUGUAAUGUAUGUGAAAAAGCUUUUAGCCAGCAAGGACAUCUUACUGCACACCAGCGAAUUCAUAAUGGAGAAAAACCUUAUAAAUGUAAUGAAUGUGGAAAAGCAUUCAGCAAUAGUUCAUCCCUUAUUCUGCAUCAUAGAAUUCAUAGUGGAGAGAAACCCUAUGAAUGCCAUGAAUGCGGGAAGCCUUUCAGUAAUCACGCAGGCCUCAUUGUACAUCAAAGAAUUCAUACUGGUGAGAAACCCUAUAAAUGUAAUGUAUGUGAAAAAGCCUUCAGCCAGAAGGGUCAUCUUUCUGAACAUCAGAGAAUUCAUACUAGAGAGAAGCCCUAUAAUUGCAAUAUAUGCAAGAAGGCCUUUAGCCAGAGGGGAGACCUUUUUCGACAUCAGAAGAUUCAUAAUGGAGAGAAACCUUAUGAUUGCAAUGAAUGUGGAAAAGCUUUCAGCCAGAAGGGAGACCUUACUAAACAUCAAAGAAUUCAUAGUGGUGAGAAACCUUAUAAAUGUAACAAAUGUGGUAAAGCCUUUAGCAUCAGCUCACAGCUCAAUAUGCAUGAAAGAAUUCAUACUGGAGAGAAACCUUAUAAAUGUAAUCUAUGUGAAAAGGCCUUCAUCCAAAAAGGACGACUUACUGAACAUUACAGAAUUCAUAAUGGAGAUAAACCUCAUAAAUGUACUGAGUGUGGAAAGUCCUUCAGCCAAAUUACAUACCUUAGUCGGCAUGAGAGAAUUCAUACUGGAGAGAAACCAUAUAAAUGCAGCGAAUGUGAGAAAGCCUUCAGCAAUAGCUCAGCACUCAAUGUACAUCAGAAAAUUCAUACUGGUGUGAAAUCCCAUGUAUGUCUUGAAUGUGGGAAGGCCUUCCUCCAGGGUGUAGGCCUUAGUUUACAUCAGAGAAUUCAUACUGGAGAAAAACCAUAUAAAUGUGACAUAUGUGAAAAAGCCUUCAGCCAGCGGGGAGACCUUUCUCGACAUCAGAAAAUUCAUAAUGGAGAGAAACCCUAUAAAUGUAGUGAUUGUGGAAAAGCUUUCACCCAGAGGGGACACCUUACUGAACAUCAGAGAGUCCAUAGUGGGGAGAAACCAUAUAAAUGUAAAGAUUGUGGUAAAGCCUUUAGCAACAGCUCACAGGUCACUCUUCAUUAUAGAAUACAUACAGGAGAGAAACCUUACAAAUGUAAUGAAUGUGGACAAGCCUUUAGUCGUCCAGGGAGCCUCAGUGAACAUCAGAAAAUUCAUUCUGUAGAGAAACCUUAUAAAUGUAGUGAAUGUGGAAAAGCCUUCAGCCGCAAUCUGUACCUUAGCCGUCACCAAACAGUUCAUACAGGGGAAAAGUGCUAUCCAUGUAAUGAAUGUAGUAAAGCCUUCCGAAAUGGCCAUUGUCUUACUCUACAUCAGAGAAUUCAUAGUGGAGAAAAACCCUAUCAAUGUGCUGAAUGCGGAAAAGCUUUUGGCAGGAAACUAUACCUAACUCAACAUCAGAGAAUACAUAGUGGUGAGAAACCCUAUGAGUGCACUACAUGUGGUAAGGCCUUCACUCGGUGUACGACACUUAUUCAGCAUCAGAAAAUUCAUACUAGAAAUAAACCCUAAAAAUUUAAAGUUGACGUGUAUUCCCAGACAUUAAAACAUAUUAGAAACUUCUUUUAAUCAAAAUAAUCUGAUACUAGCAGGAAAGUAAGGAGAUAGAAUAGGGAUACCAUCUAGCUCAGAACUGUCCAACCUUAGGUUUUUACUGAAACAGUAGACAAUAUAUUUUGAUUUGCCACUUUAGUGAGAGCUCUGUGGUAGCUUGGCUUUGUUAACUAAAGCAUUUAUGUAAAUUUCUAUGCUUGUAGGCAGGCUGCAUAAAUCGCACCAUGGGCUGCAUUUUGGACAGCCCUGAUCUAGCUAACAAAAUAGAGGAAAAAAAAUAGUGUUUCAUAAACAUAUAGAAAACAAACUAGCAAAAGAAGUAUUUAAGAAAUUGGGAAAAUUGGUUAGCGAUAUGGCAGAAAUGGAUAUAGAAUUAUAUCUCAUACCUCAGGAUUCCUCCUGAUUUGUAGCCUCAAAUAUAUGUGUCAAAUGAACUAAAAAGGGGGAGGGAGAGAAAAUGGGAUUAUGCAGUUAGAAUUAAGAAAAUGUGUUAAUCGGCAGGGUCAAGUUAAGAUGUAUUUAAGGACAAAAAAAAAUGGAAAAGUGUGAAAGCAAUAUAACUGAAGUAAAAGCAGUUGUAAAAAAUGUUGAUAUCAAAUAUGAUAAAUAUGAAAAAGAACUACUGAAAAUCUCCAGAGGUAGCUCUUAGUCCACAAUGGUCAAUGAGUAUGAAGAGAUCAUUUUCACAUGAGGAAACAAGUUGCUAAUAACAUGGAAAGUGUUCUGUCUCAAUCAAAAUUAUUCACAAUUAGAAACAAUAUUUGUGGAAUUGAAGAGAGAUAUUGCUGGUAGAAAGUUACAGUCUUUUUAGAAUACAAUUUCUCAGUACACAGUAAAUGUCAUUCCCCCCCCCCCAAAUCAUACACUUUUGUUGGUCAUUGCAUUGAUAACUAUAUACUCUGAAAGGGUUAUCAAAAACAAAACAGAGCUAUCUGGUCAAAGAUUUUAAUAUUUCAUAUUCAUUCAUAAUAAAAAAAACAAUUAAACACCUGAAAUGUGUAGCAGUAGAGUGUUGUUAAAUUGUGAGAUAUUCAUACAGUGGAAUCCCAUUAUGUAAUUAAAAUAGACAUCUUUGAGGAAUAUGAUGAAACUUAAUGAGGGUCUUUGUGACAAAGGGCAGAGUGUAACAACAAACAAAAUAAAGGUUACAGUAGCUACUACCAUGUAAGUAAUUGGAGUGAAAAGGCAGGAAUGUGAGGGAGACUUGUGGAGUAACUGAAAAGUUUUUGGACUUGUGCAUAUUCAGAUUCUUUCAAUAUUAGUGGAUGUGUAGCAUCACAGUUCUGUAAGAAGUGAUAAAUAUGUUGAAUACAGAGGUGCAUGUGAAAACUUAAAUGAGCUGAUACAAAGUUAACUAAGCAGAAUUGAAAAAAACACAGAUUCACAGUAACUACAAUGGAAAUAACCCAAUAGCAAAAUGAUAAAAAAAAAAUUAAAUGUUGUGAAAUUAUAAUAACUAAGCUUUGCUCCAGAGAAGUGAUUUGAGACUCAGUCUGUCUCAUAUACUGUUAUGAUGGAAAUCUGUGAUAGAGAAACAGAGGCAGAAAGUUUUGUGCACAGUCAAUUUAUUAGCAAAGCUAACAGUUGCCAAUAAAUGAGGUCAGUGGCUCCUCAAUAGCCAUAGACAA